AUGUGCGGAAUUACAGCAAGUAUUGCACUCCCACGGACGGCUCGUGCCAAUGAACACACCAAUGGCAGCACCAACGGCAACGUCAAUGGCAAAGCCAACGGCAACACGAAUGCAAGCAUCAACGGACAUGUAAACGGAACCUCGAGCGUCGACAAACUCCGGAAACAACUCCACGCCUCCGUCGAGAAGAUCAACCACCGCGGCCCAGACGAGUCCGGCGUCUGGGUGAGCCAAGACGCCAGCGUCGGCCUCGGCCACUGCCGCCUCUCCAUCAACGACCUCUCCCCCAGCGGCUCGCAGCCCCUGACGAGCGACGACGGCCGGAUCCACGCCGUCGUCAACGGCGAGAUCUACGACCACGACCGCCUGCGCACGCUCUGCGCCGCCGAGCACGGCUACCGGUUCAGGGGGGAGAGCGACAGCGAGCUCGUCCUGGCGCUGUACAGGAUCCACGGCGCGCCGGGGCUCUUCGAGCACCUCCGUGGCGAGUUCGCCUUCGUGCUCUAUGACGAGAGACCCGCCAGCAGGCGCGUCAUUGCCUGUCGCGACCGGUUCGGCAUCAAGCCGCUGGUUUGGACCGAGGCUGGGGGCAGGUUGCUCUUGGCGGCUGAGAGUAAGGCGUUUUUGGCCAUGGGCUGGGAGCCCGAGUGGGAUGUUGCUGCGGUGGUCGAUGGCGGCUGGAUGAUGGAUGACCGGACGGUUUUUAAGGGGGUGAAGAAGGUCCUUCCGGGACAUUGGAUGGAGAUUACGGAGGAGCGUGGCAUUGAGACGCACAAGUAUUGGGAUGCUGAAUAUGCCGACAAGACCAAGGUUGAGACUCGGACUGUUGAGGAGAUGGUUCUCGGGGUUCGCGAGCGCCUGGUUGAGUCCAUUCGCCUGAGGCUUCGCGCCGAUGUGCCCGUCGGAAUUUAUCUGUCUGGCGGAAUCGAUUCCUCCGCUGUGGCGGGCAUCGUCACCGAACUGGCUAGGAAGGACCACGUCAAGAUCGGCAAUGAAGCCGCAACACGAGUCGCCUGCUUCAGCGUGCGGUUCCCCCAGGAGUCCGGUUACGACGAAUCAAGUAUCGCAGAUCGCACGGCAAAGUGGCUGGGCGUGGAGACCAUCAAAAAGGACGUCACGGAAGAGUCCCUCGCCAACGACUUCGCCGACACGGCCUUCCACUGCGAACACCACCACUUCGAUCUCAACAGCGUGGCAAAGUUCGCGCUGUCGACGCUGCCUCACGAGCACGGCGUCAAGGUUGUGCUGACGGGCGAGGGGUCCGACGAGCACUUCGCCGGGUACCCGUACUUCCCGUGCGAAUACCUGCGCGAACCGGACCUGUCGCAGCCCGACUCGCUUCUGGCGAGGAACCACGAGCUCCGGAACGAGAUGCAAAAGGCCGCGGGCGCAGAGAUGAAUGCCAUCUGGCGCGCAAUCGGAGCCGACGUGUACGAGAGCGCGCCGAGCGACGGCGGUCUCUUGGCGGACGUCAACGGUAACACGAUGCCUCAGAACCUCCUCUCCUGGCACCCGUCAAUGAGUCUCUUUGCGCCGUGGGUGAGGGAAGGGUACAAAGGACAGCUGGACUGCCGACAAACGGUCAUGGCUUCUCACUCGCCCGAGGUGCGGGCCAAGAUGCGAGACCGCUGGCACCCGCUUCAUACAGCGCAGUACAUGUGGAACAAGAGCUCCCUCGCCAAUGUCCUCCUGUCCUGCCUCGGCGACCGCACCGAGAUGGCCCAUAGCGUCGAGGCGCGAACACCCUUCCUCGACCACCACCUGACCGAGUACGUCAACGCGCUGCCCCCAAGCGUCAAGCUCGCCUACGCGUUGCCGGAAGAGACGGGCGCGGGAGACGGCGACGGCAAGGAUGACGUGCUCUGGAAAAGCGCCGGGUCGGCCCUGCGAUCGAUGACGGAGAAAUGGAUCUUGCGCGAGGCUGCUCGUCCGUACAUCACCGACGAGCUCUACCUGAGGAAGAAGCACCCGUUCUUGGCCCCGACGAAGUGGCCCCGAGACGGUCCCCUGCACCGCAUGUUCCGGAAAAUCCUGACCCGAGAGGCGGUUGAUGGUUUGGGCUUCGUCGACUUCGAUAUUGUGGAGGAUGCGCUUGAGAGGGCGUUCGGGGACGGCGCCGAUGCCAGGUCGUUCAGGGCUCUUUGCUAUGUCGGAUCGUGGGUGACCCUAUCGCAGAGAUUUGGCGUCAAGAAGGCGUCGGUACUUACCAAGAUUGGAUCUGGGUAUUAG